GGCAGCUUCCCGGCAGCCCAGCAGCAUCUUCUGCACCAAGAGACAGAGAGACACCAUCGGGGCUCUUCCCCCAAAUCCUGCUGACAAGGAGGAAGAAAUGAGGGACACCGUGAAUUCCCAGUAUGGUUCCUUCCUUUACUGGCGAAUGCCCAUUCCUGAACUGGAUGUCUCCGAACUGGAGUGUCUGGGACUGGCCGACCUGGCCCUCUUCAAGCCCAAACGGGGCUACGGCAGCUUGGUGUCCGAGCAGAAGACCCCGAGGCCCAGUCUGGGGGGCCCGGAAGAGGCAGAGAGCGCCCUGCUCCCGUUCAGCAGUUUUAACUUCUGGAGACCCCCCAUCGCCAGCAUCAACCCGGGAGAUUUUGACCUCAUCUGAAGCCCAGCCGUGGGAUGGAAGCCACUAAUUUUUUUUAUUACACCCCCACCCCCCACUGCAGUCUUCCCCGUGGGGUUUUCUCCCUCCCCUCCAAACUCCUCUGUGGUUCCUCUGUGCCGUGUUUGCGCUUUCCCGAGCUGAUGCUUCUGAAUCCUUUGCCAUAAAACAAAACUGACUGUU